AAAUGUAAUAUCUCGGCUGUUCUUGACUCCAGGAUAUGUAUUGUCGGUGAAAAUGGUUCCGGUAAAACAACGCUGCUGAAAAUUUUGAACGGAGAGAAUGAGCCAUCUAGUGGUGUGCGACACGUGCAUCGUAACCUCAGGAUUGGAUAUUUCUCCCAACAUCACGUGGAUCAACUCGAUCUCUCGCCAACAUCUGUUGAGUUGUUAGCCAGACUGUUCCCAGGUCGUAAUGAAGAGGUGUACAGACAUCAGCUUGGUAGCUAUGGUAUCACAGGAGAUCUGGCUUUAAGAACAAUUAACAGCUUAUCUGGUGGCCAGAAAAGCAGACUUGCUUUUUCACUCAUGUCCAUGCCACAGCCAAACUUUUUAAUACUUGACGAACCUACAAAUCACUUAGAUAUGGAAACUAUAGAAGCUCUUGGUGUUGCAAUAAAUAAAUUUAACGGCGGCGUGAUUCUUGUGUCUCACGACGAGAGACUUAUUUCAAAAGUUUGUCGCGAGUUGUGGUUGUGUGGUGGCAAACAAGUGAAAUCAGUGGAAGGAGGGUUUGACACUUAUCGCAAGCUGCUGGAGGAAGAAUUCAAACGACUCGGAAUUAAUUAAAAAAAUUAGUUAAUUUUUGGGGGGCAGGUCAACAGUUCUGUGUAAAUUUAAUUUAAGAUUGAUGCGACAGGUGUGUAGGCCAUUUAUUUAACGUUUGUAAGGUUCCUGGACUAGGAUAAUUUUAGUACAUCUUUAGGAUCAGAUUUUUUUUGUCCUACGUUGCAAUAUGCGCCAUGAGGAUGCACUCAAAUACAUUCUAUCAAUAAAUUCAACAACAUUUGCA